AUAUGCUAUCUUUGGUUCCCUCCUUAGUCUUUUUAUUCUAAGGAGAAAACUAAAUGGUAUAUCUCAGUUGUGUAUCGAAAAUUCUGGAUUUAUAAUUUAUACGAAUGCCUGUGAUUUUCUCGUGAUUGUAUCAAUAAUUUGAUUAAGACGAUUUAUAAUCACACGUUGUCUGUUUGAUCUUAUCGAAAAAGCAUUAUUUUAAGUAGAACGCAGAAAUGUCGCAUACGAUAUUAUUGGUACAGCCAGGCAAUCGGCCAGAAACAAGAACAUUUUCAGACUACGAGAGCGUCAACGAAUGUAUGGAAGGCGUAUGUAAAAUUUACGAAGAACACUUAAAGAAAAGAAAUCCGAAUACACCAACGAUCACAUACGACAUUAGUCAAUUAUUUGACUUUGUCGAUCAGCUGACAGACAUAUCGUGUUUGGUAUAUCAAAAAUCUACAAACACUUAUGCGCCGUAUAAUAAGGAAUGGAUCAAGGAAAAAAUAUAUGUUUUAUUACGUAGAGCUGCUGGCCAUAACGAGUAACGUUAUGGCUAUUAUAGAUGUAAACUCUCACGUAUAAGAUAAAUUAAUUUUAAGUACAAUUGUAUACUACUGUUUGUAACAAUAAAUAUAUGAAUAAGAUAAUAA